UCGACAAAACGGAACUACAGUAAUAAGACACUUUAGGUUGUUGCAUCAACUUUAGGUUGUUGCGUCAACCAACGCUGAGCUCCCACGGACAACAGCAUGGAUGAAUAAUAGGACGUCUGAGUUAUGUCCUGUGUUCCUUGAAUGUGUAGCUACCUCCAUUUUUCGAAUUCAGAUCAUGUGGGAACUUGUUACGUGGAAAGGUGGAGUGAAAGUACAGCAACGCGGUAAAUGCUCCCACUGUUGUUCUUUGCGAAGGAUUAACCUACACUAAAGAGAUUAUAGGCUCGUGUCCUUUAAGUCACGAUGGCUCCACACCCUGUAAUUCAGGCGAUCAUCGACUUCUCAGCUGGAGCUGCAGGGAGAAUGAGAGAUAACUUCACUCGGAGAUGGAGAAAGAUGUAAGAAAGAAAAGAAGAGAGAGGAAGAAGACAGGUUAUAUUUAAAGGUGGCACAGCCUGCGUGCUGAGCGGUCAGCCAUUUGACACAGCAAAGGUGAAGAUGCAGACGUUUCCCACAAUGUACCGCGGCUUCAUCCACUGCUUCAUCUCAACAUUCCGGCAGGUGGGACUCCGUGGUCUUUACAAAGGCACAACGCCAGCCCUGAUAGCCAACAUCGCUGAGAACGCGGUGCUCUUCUUGAGUUAUGGGCUCUGCCAGGAUGCGGUCCGCUUUAUGUCAAGGAUGGACAAAGGCGCUGAUCUCAGUGAUCUUCAGAAGGCAUCUGCAGGGUCUUUAGCUUCCAUCUUCUCCGCCAUGGCAUUAUGCCCCACGGAGCUGGUGAAAUGUCGAUUGCAGGCCAUGCAUGAAAUGGAAGCAUCUGGCAAGGUGGCAAGAGGACAGAAAAGCACAGUGUGGACUGUGGUUAAGACCGUGUUGAAGACAGAUGGCCCUUUAGGAUUCUACCAAGGAUUGACGUCCACCUUCGUGAGGGAACUUCCUGGUUACUUCUGCUUCUUUGGAGCCUAUGAGUGGUGUCGGUCCACAUUUGCACGACACAUGGGCACAAGCAAAGAUGGUAUAGGUAUUCUUCCGCUGAUGUUCAGUGGGGGAUUUGCAGGAGGAUGUCUUUGGUUGGUGGUCUAUCCAAUAGAUUGUAUAAAGUCCAGGAUCCAGGUGUACUCCUUAGCAGGGAGGCAAGAGGGCUUCAUCAAGACCUUCAUGGGUGUUAUACGCACCGAGGGGUUCACUGCUCUGUACUCUGGCUUAACUCCUACAAUGGUGCGCACCUUCCCUGCCAACGGAGCCCUCUUCCUGGCUUAUGAGUUCAGUCGCAAGUUAAUGAUGGAUGCCGCUGGUGCCUGAUGCAAUGGAUCUUUCCAACUGAAGCAAAUAUUCUGCUCAGAAAAAUCCUUAUAACAAGAAAAGUGCUGUAUGUGUAAUAUGCUGGUCAAACUCAUGUGAAAUGAAGUAUUAAUCUCGAAAGGUUUUAGUACUUCCACUGGCCUUGCUGUGGCAGUACAGGAUUACUGUGGGGACAUGAGUUUCAUUUGUUCUCGCCUGACAAUGAGUAGAAUGGGAAGGCAUGCAUAGUUACCACUCAUCUUCUUCCCGAGGCCAUUGUUCUUUCAUGGCUGUUUAUUCUUUUGCACUUCAUUCGCUACUUGUUAUCUAAGGAUUUUUACAAAUUGAGGAAAAAACCUUUAUUUUUUGCCAACUCUUUUUUCUGUGUGUGCGUGACCUGUGAGCUGGUGUGGAACACUGUGAUCCUGUCACUGAAAAUUGAUGUAAGCAGUCACAAAAUAUUAUCCAGCUAAAUUUUCCUUGGCCAAAUUUGACUAUUCCAUCUGUUUUUUGCUUUUUCAAUUUGAUUACAUUUGUUUUAACUGGAAACAGUUUUGCUCUUUUCUUUGGAAUAUUAGAACCAAUAUGUCUGAAGAGGUUUUGGCAUCAGUAAAUCAGAGCAACAAUAAAAACUGAAUCAUAUGUGAGUUA